UCCAGGAACAUGGUUUCAACGAGAAAAGUAAAACUCGCAGCAGAAAUGGAACCAGAAAGUGCUAAAUCCAGCUCAAUCACUCAGCCCCGAAAAACUGAGAGAGCCGAAGAGUUGCAGGCUAAGAUUGAUCAGUUUUUAGAACGAGACCGACUCAUCAUAGAAGGCAAAGUGCCGCUAGUACUCUCCGAUAAUGAGGACAGCGAUGAUGAGGAGCUAACUGAUUCUUCGGGCCCUAAAGCCGAAAAGGUGAACGUGAGAAGUAUAAUGCAGGGAUUCUGUCAGGACUCGGCGUUCUAUCGGUCCGCCAGCCACCGGUGUGAGUGGAUUGGUUGCCAGUUUCAGUCUGGGAAGCAGCGGAAGUUUAUGGUGCACGUCGAACGGCACGCUAGGAAGGUGGACAGAGAUGAGGAUGGUUACGUGUGUCAAUGGCAAUUGUGUGAUUUCAGCGCGGAAACCCAGGACGAUUUUGUGGGUCAUUUACACUAUCACGCUUUCCAUACGAAGCUCAAGGUGUUCGGAGCCAGAUUGAUAGCUAGUGUGAAGCUACCCGUUUGCACCUUUGGAAGUGAUAAUCGGAACAAAAUUCCAAACGAAACAAACUAUGAGUGUGCGUGGAGUGACUGUGGGAUGCGGUUCAACAAGAUCAUGGACUUUGGCCUUCACUUAGAUUGCCACUAUUCCGAUCUGUAUGCCGACUGCCCAAGAGGUAAAAAGAAACCAUUUACAUGCCAGUGGUUAGGAUGCAAAUUUACUCAUCGAGACGUACACCAGGCUAAGGUACACGGUCAGAAACACACGGGCCCAAGGUAUAUCGCAUGUGAUAAUUGCGGUCACACCUUCAUCCGUCGCCGGUUACUAGUAAUGCACUGCCUUCACGCGCCCACCGAGCCUAAACCGAAAACACCGAAAUACAAAUGCGACGAGUACGGGUGCGGUAAGGAAUUUUAUCGAAUAACCGCAUAUGAAGCGCACUACCGUACUCACUGUAAUCGUCCCUUGACAGACUAUGAUUGUCCCAUUUGCAAGAAAAGUUUCUUUAGCAAGACGUGGUUUUCGAAGCAUCUUGAGGCCAAACAUAACGGUUCUGCGAAUAACACCGAAGAACACAAAAAAAAUGUAGCACGAAGCGUAAGACGACGUAAAAUUUUCAGCGAGGAAGAUACCAGCGACGAGGACUCUAGCGACGAAGGCAGCACCGAUGACGAGCCAGCCGGUGGUAAACCGAAGCAAACCGUCAGCGUCCAAGCAGAGCCCAAGGAAGCCAGAUAUCCCUCACGUAAAUCGGGAAACGGAAUAACUUCGGUAAACCAUCGUAGAAGCACUACUAACGAGGAAGAGACUAGCGAGGAUGAUAGAACCGUUGAGGUCAUCAGCGUUAAAGCAGAGCCCAAGGAAGCCAGAUCUCCCUCAUGUACAUCACGGAAUGUAAUAUCGUCCUUAAAUUGCGGAACUACGAAACAUCGAGAAAUUGUAGAACGUGGGGUUAAGCGCCGUAGAAGCACUAGUAGCGAGGAAGAUACUAGUGAGGAUGAUAGCCCCGUUGAGGUCAUCAGCCUCAAGGCAGAGCCCAAGGAAGCCAGAGAUUCCUCGCCUCGCAAACGCACGUGUAAAACCCUGCUGGACUAUUUUUCUUCAGCGAAAUCCGUAAAUCACGCAACGCCGGAACGCCGAGAAAUUGGCGCACGCAGCGAAAAGCGUCGUAAAAGCGAAGCGGAAAUGUUGAGCGUAUAGGAACGUACGGGAUCCUAUAUGAACGUAAUUGAGUUUGAAGAAUGAAAUCA